AUGGUCACCGUGCCAGAUCGGUCAGUCGUCUCGGUCAGCCGCGUCUACCAGGACGCCUGCGCAAAGCUCGGCGACGACUGGUUCGAGUACGAGAACCUUCACCUCAACUGGGGCAUCCAGGACCACUACGAGGUGACGCGCAAGGUCGGCAGGGGCAAGUACAGCGAGGUGUUCGAGGGCAUCGACAUCCGCACGAACGACCUCGUCGUCAUCAAGGUCCUCAAGCCGAUCAAGAAGAAGAAGGUCAAGCGCGAGCUCAAGAUGCUUCAGAACCUGCGAGGUGGCGUCAACAUCAUCGAGCUUCUCGACGUCGUGCGCGACCCGCAGAGCAAGACGCCGGCGCUCGUCUUCGAGCACGUCGACAACCUCGACUCGAAGCUCCUGUACCCGCAGUUCACCGACGGUGACGUGCGCUUCUACGUGUUUGAGCUUCUCAAGGCGCUCGACUUCUGCCACUCGCACGGCAUCAUUCACCGCGACGUCAAGCCGCUCAACAUCCUCAUCGACCACAACCAGCGCAAGCUGCGCCUCAUCGACUGGGGCCUCGCCGAGUUUUACCACCCGGGUGUCGAGCUCAACGUGCGCGUCGCGUCGAGGUACUACAAGGCGCCCGAGCUGCUCGUCGACUUUACCUACUACGACUACUCGCUCGACAUCUGGUCCCUCGGCGCGACGUUCGGCUCGAUGAUCUUCCGUCGCGACCCGCUCUUCCACGGCAUGUCGAACGACGACCAGCUCGUCAAGAUCGCCAAGGUUCUCGGCACCGACGACCUGUGGAAGUACCUCGACAAGUACAACAUCGACAUCGACGCCGAGCUCGAGGCCGCCGUUGGGGCCCACUCGCGCAAGCCCUGGGGCCGGUUCGUCACAAGCGACAACUCGAAGUACAUGUCGAGCGAUGCUCUCGACCUGCUCGACCGCAUGCUCCUGUACGACCACGCGCAGCGCGGCACGGCCAAGGAGCUCAUGCAGCACCCCUACUUUGCCGGCGUGCGCGCCGCCGAAGACGUCCGUCGUCGCGAGGGGGAUCAGGGCGUGGCGGGGCAGGGAGGAGGGGGAACGUCAAACGGGGAGGGAGGAGCGGCGGGAGGAGGCGGGCAGACGGCCGUCUACUUUGCGGGCGAGGACGGCGAGGUUCAGGUGCAGCGUCUCUCGUGA